UUCAUAACAAAACCCACAACGAAGCUUACAAAAGCUCAUUGGAACGCUGCUGCUGCGCAGUUCACAUCGGGGAUUUUUCUGUGACCAAAGAAAAAAUAAAGCAAAAUAAAAGUUGAAGCAAACAACAUUUGUGAUUUGUUGUUCAUCACUGUGCACGACUCAGUUCAGUUGACGACGAGCUACCAGCUUGGCAAGACAAAAGCGCUGUGAUCUCUGGGCAUUUUAUUUUCUUAGAUUUAGAGAUAUGAAAACCACAAAAUUAACAACGAACAUCGAAAGUCAGCCGCCGCCGCCGCCGCCGCAUACAAAUGUAAAGCAAAUGCGUGGUUUGCUGUGGAUGUGUGGCCUGCUGUUGGUAUUAGUAGCCUCGGCCGCCGCUUACUUCGUGUGGCUAAUGAGCCGAAACAGCGAACAGGUUAGCAGUGGCCUGCGUAUACUGGAUCGCAGUGAGUGGCUUGGGGAACCCCCAAGCGGAUUUAAACUGCUCCCUACGCCCGUAUCAAAUGUCAUUAUACAUCAUACUGCCACGGUGGGCUGCGAAACAGAGGAAGCCUGCAUCUAUCAGAUGCGUAUGAUUCAAUCCUUCCAUAUGAGCUCGCUGGACUUGACGGAUAUUGCGUAUAACUUUCUGGUUGGUGGCGAUGGCCAGGUCUAUGUGGGACGCGGCUGGCACGCACAGGGCGAGCAUGUCAAGGGCUAUGGCCCUGUAUCACUCAGCAUUGCCUUUAUAGGCACCUUUACUAAUGUGGCACCAGAGGAUCAGCAGGUGCGUGCAGCCAAGCGACUAAUGGACGAAGGCGUACGCUUGCACAAGCUGCAUCCGGAUUAUCAUAUCUAUGCCCACAGGCAAUUGAGACCCACCGAAAGUCCGGGGCAGAAGUUAUUUGAGCUGAUGCGACAUUGGCCACGCUGGAGUGCAGAUGUGACAUCAUUACGCAGAUUGAACAAUGAACCGUUGAGGUUUGUGGCACGCGCUGCUUGGCUGGCACAGCCUGCUUUGAAGGAGCUACCUCCCUUGGAGCUACCAGUCAAAAUUGUUCGCUUUGAGCCCACAAUGUCAGAGCCAUGUGGCACACAAGCAUCGUGCACCUUCCGCAUGCGCUUUUUGCAAAGCCUACACAUCGAGGAUGGGAAAAAACUGGACAUUAACUACAAUUUUGUGGUGGCUGGCGAUGGAAACGUGUAUGUGGCCAGAGGUUGGGACGAUAGCUGUGAGAAGCCCGGCACAAAUGUGCCACAAACGGAUGCGCUCAUUGUGGGCUUUGUGGGCACGUCUAUGCCCAAUACGAGUCAAAUGAAAGUCGCACAGGAACUGCUAGCACAGGGCAUCAAAUUGGGCAAACUGGCGAAGGAUUAUGAACUGAUAGAUGAACUGAAGUAGAAAACCACUUAACUGUGAAACUAGACUCUCAUUUGCCAGUGCCAUACAAUUGGGCACCGUUCCGUAAAAUCGACCAAAUAUUAAAUUAUAUAUUAAUCUAUAAGCAUUUUUAAGUCGUACAUAACAAAUACAUACA